AUGCGCGCGCAGCUCGCUCGCGUGACCGCGCCUAAGGCGCUCGGCGCGAGCCGUAAAGCGCCGACGUCCGCGCGCGCUCGAUGCGCCGCGAUCACGCGCGCGCAAUCCGGCAUCUACGGUGUCACCGUGGCCGAUACGAAGCGUAAGUUUUUGGAGGCGUACCCGUACCCGAUCCCGAGCGUGUGGGCCACCGUGGUGCAAGAGCUCCUCGUGCAGGGGCACUUCCAAAAGUACAACAAAAAGAGCGAGUACAACGAGCUGGCGUCGCUUGGAUUCGUCAGCGUGUACGAUCAGCUCUUCGAGGGAUUCCCGAGCGAGGAGGAGAAGGGGAAGAUCUUCAACGCCUUCCUGGGCGCGCUUGAUGAGGAUGCGGUGCGAACGCGGGCGGAUGCAGAGACGCUCGGAGCGUUCGCGACCUCCGCGAACGGAGUCGAAGGGUUGAAGGAGAAUGCGAUCUUCGCCAAGCUUGCCGCGAAGAGCGCCGAGGGCACGCUUUUGUACACUAAGUACAUCGCGAUCGGUAUGUUCAGAAUGUUGGAGCUCGCCAAGGCGACGGAUCCGGCGGCGCUCGAGGCGCUCGUGACCGCCGGCGGGUUGUCCAUGUCCAAGGUGUCCGGGGAUUUGUCAAUGUACAAGGGGUUGCUCUCGAAGCUCGCAGCGGCUAAGGAACUCCAAGAGGAGUUCCUCGAGCGCGAGAAGCGCAAGACGGCCGAGCGCCUCGCGAAGAAGGCGGAGGCUGAACAAAAGGCUGAGGCCGAGGCAUAG